GCAGCGGAAAAACGUCGUAAGUGGCCGGGGUCGGCGCGCCACUCGCUUCAGUCUGCGCUCGGCUGCCACUCUGUUCGCUCGCGACGUGACGCCGUGCUGUGACACUUUGACAGUUGUUAUCGUGAUUCGUGUGAUGUUUUCUUAUGGAAAUUAUGGUGUAUCCCCAUGAAAAUGUGGAGUGAUUUCCAGGGCUCGGGCGGCGGGUGCGGCGCCAAGCGGCGCGGCGGCUCAUCGUGCGAGGGCGGCGGCAAGGUCGCUCGCUUUGAGGACUCGAUAGCGCGGCUGGAGGCGGUGGCCGCGGGCGCGGGCGGCGGCGAGUGCUGGCGCGAGGACGACGAGCGGCGCGCGUGCCGCCGGCGCUGGUGCGGCGGCUGGUGCGGCGCGCACGACACCAUCCGCGCCGAGAACGGCAAAUCCUACCUCGAGCUGGGCGGCGCCGCGGCGCGCGCCUGCUGCGACGGCCGCGCCGCCGGCCGCUGCGCCUCCCGCCGCUGCUACCGCGAGCGGAGGUUCAAGAUGAUGAACCUGUGCGCGCUCAAGCUGUCGCGCUUCCGGCAGACGGCCGACCCCUCCCUGCGGCGCUCCGUACUCGUGUGCAACACGCUGCGAGGCAUCGAGCGCGAGAUGGAGCGGGAGAACGCCGAGGAGGCGCCCGCGGCCUUCGAGCCGGCGGCGGCGUGCGCGGCGCGCUGCGAGGUGCUCGGCGCGCGGGACCCGGCGGCGGGCCGCGCCACCCCCUUCCCCGCGCCGCCGCCGCCCGACCGGGACUCGGGCUACGACGACGACGAGCAGCGCACCAUCAACUGGGGCUCCGUGCUGAGCCUGUCGUCGCGGUCGGCGCUGGACCCCCCGGAGGAGGCGUGGAGCGACGACUGGGGCUGGAGCGAGGACAGCUUCGUGCGGCAGCUGGUGCCGACGAGUUAGUGGGCGGCGCGCGGGCAGGACGCGCCCGCGCAGCACUGAGCGCCUGUGAUAGCGGCGGUGCCGCGCGCGCCAGCUGAGGCCGGCCGCGCGGCGCGGCGAGGGCCGCCCGCGCGGCGAAUCUAGUCGGCGCCACGCCGCCAAGCAGUCAGUAGUUAGUGUUAUGUGAUUACUAAUGGGAAGGUGCUAGCUUCGGACGACACACGGGACUCGAUUGCGAGCCGAGUUAUUUUUGAUAGUUUUAUUUUCUUUGAGUGCGCGUGGACAGGACAGGGACGCUUCGUGACGGUUAAAGAUGAACUCGGGUGUUUGAAAUUUUUGUUGAAAUUAUUAUGUAAUUAAUUAGAUAAAUGCUAUAUUUAUUACGUCGAAGGAGUGAACGGUGAUGUUUAAAAAUUAUUUCUGUCUUGAUAUUUUCAACCGGAACGUAUCUGGGGAUGGGCCGUGCCGCGAUUCUGGAGCGAUUCUGGGUAUUUACGUUACUGGGUAGACCGUCGCGCUCGUUAAAACAUUUAGUUUUAUCAGAAAUUUAUUAAUUGAAAAUUAACUUGAAGCUUUGUAAAGCGCAACUCGCUUCUUGGGGAUGAACCGAAAUCGAGACUCACCGGACGGUACCGAGCCCGGGACGAGUCUCGGCCAGCGUCGAACGAAUUGUAAUUAAACGCGUAGCGAGUACUUAAACUACCGCCGACCUUUCAUUAUUUCCGCAUCCCCCGCUCCGGGGCGGCACUGCAAUCGGGUGUCAAUUAGUCGGCCUUACGGUGAUAAGCAGUCCCGCGCGACUGAGCGAUUGGAAUUUGUAUCGAUAUCGACGAUUUUUACGUUGUACUUAAACAUUCCUGACACGGAAUUGUAAAAUGUAAUCUGUCCAGGGCCCCGCCCGCCCCCGCCGACCGCCCCGUCUUUACUCGCAUACCGUUAUUUACUAGGGAAUCUCCGUAUGAGUUCGCAGGAGUACACGGCUAUCGGCCACUACAGUUCCUAUCGUAUAAAGUUUAAGAGAAUCGAGUACAUAGUUCAUUUGCCGCGUUCGCCUCAGUUUUCUACCGACGCUCGGGGGGCGGCGGGCGGGCCGAAGCCGAGGUAGCACCUCACACAUCGAACUACGUUUAACGGAUCGCAACCCGGUUUCUCUAGCACGAGAGAUCUAGUCACCCCCGGCCCGGCCGCCGGGACGACCGCGCGCUCGUCCCGGCGGCCGGCCCCGAUGCGUUCUGUCGUUAGCGCUAACGGGUUGCGAGGGCGGCGCCCGCGGCCGCGGCGUCGGGACUCACGGUCGGCACCGACGGAUCGGAUCGACGUCGCGUCGCCCGUCUCGCGAAGCUCAAUUAUUGUUUAAGUCCGAUUAUAUUAGGCGUCUCGUCGAAGGGUAUCAUUUUCGUUAAGCUAUCGACCGUCCCCGCCGACGCCGCCGCGGCCGUCCGCCGACCACGGAAUUGCGACCGCAUGGACCAAACACACCUAGCACGACGUUCAAUAGAGCAAAGUACAAAUUCACUAAAGUAGGAUGCGACUCCGUGCUGCGGCGCAUGUUCGUCCACCGUUGUCAAUUACUCAAAUAAAGAAAUGUGAUUCGGUAGCUAAUGAGAGAAACUAUGUUAGUGUACAUAUUAUAUACGGAGUCGGGCAUUACGGCGCAUCGCUCGCGGCCGCUGUAAAUAAAUAUGUAAAGUAAUAAUUUUAUUGAUAUUAUCGAUGCGAGCGCGGAGGGCGCGGAGGGCGUGUGUAUCAUACGACCUCUACUCGGUCCGGCCGCUCGGCAGGUUCGCCUGCUGCUCGUUUAUAUUUAGGGUCUCGGAGAAUUGCCAGUAACCGCCGGGAACGGCCCGGCCGCCGCGCCGGCCGCCGCCCGGCCCUCGACUUCUUUUACUUUGAAUAUUUUCGUACCGCGAUAUUUUAUUUUACACAUGUCCGUAUGGUUGGUUGUGAUGGUUUACUUAAGUAAGUUAGAAUAUUGAUAGAACACAGAUUCACCUAAAUAUACUUUGUAACGAAUAUUUUCGCCGCCGCCGGGCGCCCGUCGCCGAGGUCUCGCCAGUUUAAUUCUAAAGUACUUAAUUAGGAGCCGAUACACCUAAGUUUUAAAUUAUCUCGACUGUACCAAUUAGCGUAAUACUGUGAUCCCGGCGAGGGCCGCGCGGCGACAGACCGCUUGCAAUCAUGUACAAAACGAAUUGUCAACUUCCAUUCCCCGCCAUUUUCAUGUUGUUCAAAUGUAUAGAAGUCAUAAUUUAUGUUAUCAUCCGAAUCAUGUUCAUGUUAGUAUCGUGCAUUUGUUUCGACGCGCUGACUAUAUUAGUCAGCGCGUCACCCUCAUCCUGUGACUUAUUUUCUGAAGGCGGGCCCAGAGCGCGUUAACGUGACUUCGCUUUCUCCAGUUGCGUUAUGUUUGUUAAAAAUAUAAUUUGUUUUCGACAAUAUUUAUAUUGUUUUUGAAAUCGUUUACUUUAAUUAUUUAUUAAAUCGUUUAUGUAAAUGUGGGCCGCAAUUCAGAGAAUGAGUCAUAUUAACUUGCCAUACUUUUAAGCUAGGGCCUGACGGGCAGCGGGCCGGCCCGCCGGUAGGUCCCCUGCCCGCGGCCGGACGAGUGAACCCCGUGUUGUGACCUUCAGCAAUAAUUUUGUGGACAGUAGAUGCUCUGUCGUCCGUCUUCUUCGUCGGUGCGUUUCUAAGAAACCGCUCUAAUCAUACGUAACUUUACAAUGACUUAAUGUAAUUAGUGUUUCAUUGCCAUUGGUUACCAAAAAUGACAGGAUUUAUCGAGAAUUGUGUAUAGUAUAGAAGGAAUACUCAAGCCGCCGCCGCCGGCGCGCCCCCGCCAGGUCCCGGUGUACAUCGAAUUGUUAACGUUCCUCGGGGGGCCGCGCGGAGUCGCGCCGCGGCGCCGGCCACACAAAUGUUGUAAUAUAAUUAUUAUUUAAGCUGUUGUGUCGAAAAUAACAAGAACAGGAAUAAUUUUGUGAAACAAUGGCACAAAGAACAUAAAUAUUAUAUAUUAUAGAAACAGAAAUGUGUCUAU